AUGUACACCGUAACCUCCGAUGCCAUCUCCACCUUCAAGAACCGGGAGGCUGCUCCUAUCAUCGACCACCGUGUCGUGGACCUCGACCCAGGACGGUACCGCCGCCAAAUCGAGUUUUUUGAAUACUACUGGGGCCUUCAGAAGGGCGAACUUGACAUGGAUUCGCCACUCAACCAUAUUAAGCUACGCUCGGACAUGGCCGCUCGACUGCGAAAUCGCGAGUGGGUUUUUAUGCCGACACCUGAGACGCUACGAGUGAUGCAGCAGAUCGCCGACCACAACAAGGUCGCAGGUGUUCAACCACGAAAGCAUUGCCUCAAGGUCAGAGAGUACGAAUACGACUUCGUGCCCUUACUGAUGACCAAGAAGGGUCGGCCUACUCUAUAUGUCGAUCACGGCAAUGGCGUCAAGGCCCUGCGCGCACCAUACAAGCUCAUGCACCGUAUCUGCUCUCGCGCCCAUCCUUUCUUCGUUGCUUUCAUGGCCAAUACCACCAUCCAUAUGAUGGCCCCCAUCGUCAUGCCCAUGGACAAAGCUCGACCUCUCAUGCGUUCGGUUGGGAACAUUGUUCGGACCUGGCUGAGAGAACCGCCGCCUGAAUUUCUCAUUGGGCCUGACGUGUGGAAUGCCCAUCGCCACCCUCUCAGCGACGACGGCAACGACGCCCGCACUGAUAUCACCAAUCCGCCGAAAGACUGCACACCACCUCUCACUCGAUCGCGCAAGACAACCCGGGCGCCCUGUCGGCAGCCGAAGUCGACUGCGAAAGCGAAGCCCUACGACAGGUCCAAUCCCAUCUCCCCUCGCGAUCGAGGGUCUGCGCUCCCUCGCCCCGGCCUCCAGUCCGGCAAAGGCGUUGGCAGCACUCAUUCCGACGUCGCCGCUUGGGUCGACAGUGUCCGUCGCCCAGCGAAGCGUGCCACUUCAUCCUGGCCGCCGACAUGGCUCGGAGACGAGGAGGCGAAAGACUCCGAGCUCGCCCACUAUCGGCUCGAGAAGGCCCGCGACGUUGCGAACGCCCUCGACCCGCACACCAACGUUUUCUACAACACCGGCCUGAUCUACGGCAUGGGUGUCGACUGGUCCGGCUUGUCCAGCAACAACUGGGCCAUUGACAGUAUCAAGCAGCAACCCAUUCAUGUAGCCCUCGGCGCACUUUUCGCCCUAUGCCCGGGACGCAUCGCGUAUGCCCGCGCGGCUUUUUGGCGGCCACUCGUGCCGCGCUUCGCCGACGCGCCCCCUGCGCUACAUGGGCACGCACCGCUCAUACAGUUUGAAUCCCAUUUCUCGUACCCUACCGUCGAGCUUCAGCUCCGCGAAUAUCGCAGACAAGUGAGGCUUACUUCCAUGCGCAUGCAUUCCCACGGUCUGAUGACCCGCGUCCAGAUUGAGCACUUCGAAUACUACUGGGGAUUGCAGAGGUGCACGCUGGACCUGAGCUCACCAAUGAACCAUAUUCAACUUCGCAAGGACAUGGUUGAAGGCUUGAAGAACCUCGACUGGGUUCUGAUGCCGACAAAAGAUACCUUAGAAACCAUGUACCAGCUUGCGAAGUUCAACGAGACCGCCGACCUCGAAUCGCGCAAGAAUUGCCUCAAGGCAAGUCUCCUCAUCUCCACCAGGGACUUCCGGAACAAGACCUGGAUGGCCUCCGAACAACUCGACCUCUGUGCAUGUCUGGUCAUGCCCGAGAAGAAGGGCAGAGCACUGAUGGAUUCCGUUGGCCGCAUCAUCAGGUGCUGGAUGAGGACGCCUCCAGACGCGUUCCUCAUCGGGCCAGACGUUUGGAAACCCCAUCGGCACCCUUUGAGCGACGAUGGAGAGGAGGCGCGCGCUGCGCUGAGCAGCUCGUCCAAGGCCAACGUCACACCCCGCCGGCAGACGCGCCGGGGAACUCGAGCGCCGUGUAGCCAGUCGAAGACUAGCACGCGGGCCAAACCCUACGAGCUACGCGAUCGACAACCGGUACGGUCAAGAGGAUCCGCUCUUCCUCGCCCUGGCCGUACAUCCGGCGACGACUCUGGCGACUUCGACGCGGCUUAUAUAUCUGCUUGGAUGGCCAAUGUCCCGGAUCAGUCCGCUCUGGUGUCUGCCUCCCGCCCAUCGACUCCGCGCAAUGACUCGGGCUACAACGACGAACCGGAUUACCUGAGCCCGGACGACGCGUUAGCACGCUAUCGCGAGGAGAUUGCCCGCGAUUCCGCAGACGCGUUAGAUCCUGGGAUCAACGUUGCUCGCCCUAGCGGCUUGAAGCUCGGUCACGGCGGCGACUGGUCGCGUUUCGCGAGCAAUAAUUGGGCGGCCCUUCAGAACAACCCAAUUGUCAACCAUCGUAUCAUAGACUUGGACGCAGGUCAAUAUCGUCGUCAGAUUGAAUACUUCGAAUAUUACUGGGGCAUGGAGAAGGGCGACUUGAAUCUCGAUAGUCAGAUGAACCACAUCGAGCAUACUCUCAAUUCCAUGUUUGAACUAGCUCAGUACAAUGCGACAGCCCCUAUUGACGCUCGCAAAUGCUUUCUUGACUUCUUCCCCGCCAAGGAAUACGAGUACGACGUAGUCCCUCUGCGCAUGCUCACAAAGAAGCGAGCGACACUGUAUGCUCACGGCGGGGCGCAUCUGAGGGCGUUUCAAGCACCUUUCGAGAACCUCCCUCGCAUCAAGUCUCGUGCGCACCCAUUCUUCGUCAUCUUCAUGGCCAGCGAACGCCUAGAUGCUGCCGCCAUCCGUGUGAUGCCUAUGGAUCGGGCCAAGCUCCUCAUACGCGCCGCUGGCCGCAUCGUCGACCAGUGGUCGGAUGAGCCACCGUCUGCCUUCCUCGUCGGCCGCGAUGUCUGGAAGCAACACCGUCAUCCGCUGAGCGACGACGGAAAAGAGGCGCGCACAGCGCUAGGGAACUCCCGCGCUGUCAACUUCUCGCCGAUGCGGUUGCGUAGAUCGACACGUGCCCCCUGCCGUCAGCAGAAGGUUGCCACCUCCACCAGGCCAUACACCCGAUACGACAUUCGUCCGGCACACGCCAGAGGCUCUGCCCUCCCUCGCCCUGGACUAGAAUCCGGAGAGGCGGACGCCCGCGUCAUGUACGACAUAGCCGACCUUCGUGCAUGGGUCGACAAAAUCGAACGCCGAAGGGGCGCCUCUACUUGGCCGGCAAAUUGGAUUGACAAGGAGGCUGCGGACGAUGACAUGCUGGCGCGCUACCGCCGCGAAAGCGUACGUGACGCUGACGACGCGCUGCACCCGCAGACCACGUAUAAUGGCGGUGGCGUGAUCCUCGGCGUCUCUCAAGAUCAUUCGCGAUACUCGAGCAACAAUUGGGCGAUGCGCGCGUGCGACACAUGCCUAUGGACACUCGGCAAUCCAUACGACGAGAUCGACCGGCCUCAGUAG